AUGGAUUCCCUACGCGGACAGCUAGCUAGCCAGCAGCAGCCCAAUUCGUACGCAGACGACAGCGGUAUUGACCUCAGCUCCUUUGAUUGGGACCUCCCGUGCGCCCAGCAGCAACAGCUACAGCAGGAAGAGAGCCUCUUGGACUUUGAGGCUUUGCAGGCCUUUGUCGAAAACGGGCACCUGGACGAGGCCCUCGGCAUCACCACAACUGAGGCUUCGCAACAUGUAGAGACGCAACCGGGCUACUCGGUCAACUCGCCAGCCACAGGACAACCGACCUUUGAAAACAUCCAGCUGGCGAGCCAAGGCUUGAAGUUCCCUCCAGUCAAUCCGCCAACCACAGGAGGUUUGACUUUUGAGAACACUGAACCCGCCGGUCAAGGCUUAACAUUCCCCCCAAUCACCUCGCCGGCCAUAGGAGGUCCAAUCUAUGAGGACAUCCAGCCAGCAAGUCGAGGCUUGACAUUUCCCCCAGUAAGACAUCCCGACAGCCUAGGUUGUGCGUUGCCGCGACCCCAGCUAAGUGAUUCCCAGCAGCCGGUGACGGUCACAGCAACACCAGCAGGCGCACAGUCAACUGAUCAGGCCGACGAAGCCGGCCUCAAUACUAACCUCACCAUCAUGGAGCGGCACGAUAAAUUCCUCGUAGAACAAGCCGCUGAGCAGAAAGACAUCCAAGCAGAGAUCGACCGAGCCAACGCGACGGCCAAGCGACCUUACCCAGCCAAAAAGCCCGAGGCCGCCAAGUCGUUGCCCACCUUGGUCAAGAAGAACAGGUCCAGAUCCAGUUCUUCCACCCAGACGAUGACACGAGCCGGCAUCGCCAGGAAGAAGGGCCGCGCCGCGCCUACCCAAGUCCCCUGGAUCCUCAUCGACCAGGAGACCAUGUCGCUUGACGAGGUAGAGCAGGCGAAGCAGGUGAACAACCAGCUGGCCGAGGUCAACCAGUCGCGGAUCCGGGAGCGCAACAACGCCUCUGCUGCCCGAAGUAGAGCGCGCAAGAGGCAAGAGUUGAUGGAUCUCGAAGACAAGGUGGAGACCCUGGAGGCCGAGCUGGAGGAGGCUCGUCGUCUUGGCGGUGGUAGUCAGGCAGUGCAGCAGGCUCAACUACAGCAGGCUCAACGGCAACUCCAACAGCUGCAGCAGCAACAUCUCCAGAAUAAUGAGCAAAUUAAUAGACUGACGCAGGCUGUCUCGCGCCAACAACAGCUGGAGGCUGACGCUGAGAGACUGGCUGAGGAGUUGCAGGCUAUGACGCUGGACCGCAACCGCUGGAAGAGCAUUGUCGACGAUAUAAAGAAGCGGUUUCAGGUGAAGGAGCAAGCCGAGUGA